CAACGUGACGUACCUCACACGCGACUCUUAACGCUUGUGUUCAUGAUGUAAAGUGUGGCUGCAGGUUCAGAGGAUCAAGCGGCUUCACUUUAAAUUAAAACCUGCGUUGACUGAUAGACUAUUAUUGGACAGCAGCGCGUUCCGCUCUCUGGUGUUAGUGAGACAGACGAGGCAGUGACGGUAAGACGCAGAGGUUAACGGCAGCUGUGUGGGUGAACCUAUCUGUGAUGGCCAUCGCUAAGUGAGCAGGGAUGGAAACACGUGUCAAAAUAAUGAAAAUGUUUGGACUGUUCUUCAAUCUACCAGAAGGGGUAGUAAAUACAAAGCAAGCCUGAAGUGAGUAUGACAGCACUCCCAUUGUGUGGAUCAGGCAACUCAGGAAUUCACCAUUCCACCUAAAGUCCACACUGGAUGAGCUGGAGGCAUUUGACCAUGGACUGGAAGCGAGACUCUUUUCACCAGAAAGCAAACAAAAUCAGAUUAAGGUCCUGCACUUUUGCAUAUGAGCUGCCUAUGACGCAGCUGAAAGGAUACUCACAACUCGUGACUUUCCAUCAUUUACUCUCAUCAAGUGGUCCCUGAUGCACCGAACACAGAGCCACUGGAGCACAUUGAGGCGGGGAACGUAAAUAAUGGGUUCCAUCAAGAAAAUUUCCCAUCAGUGUGGGAAAGCUAAGAGACGUUUGUAUUUUAAGUUACAGCACUGGAUGUGGAGGAAGCGGUGGGAGGAGAAAUGCCCUUUCAGGAAAUUCACAACCAAGAGACAAGCUUCUAGGACCAGGCCCAGCUCUGGCCCUCAUCUUAUUUUAAAGACUCAACUGAUAAAAAACAAAAGGAGAUGUCCAAGGCGGCGCACACUUAACCAUGCGUCAGCUGCUGUGCCACUGCUUGCAUGUGCUACUGAAGAUCCAGAGAACAUGCGUGGAGGGCAGAAGUCCCUGCUAAAACUGUGUGAAUCUGACAGUGUGUCAGAAGGCUGUGAGACUGCAGAUGCUUCUGUGCGAUCUUUGACUAUGAUAGAGACAAAUGCAUGUGGGAACAUUACACCAGUACCAAGAAAAGUGAUCCCGUCUCAGAGACUUGAAGCUGUAAGCCCAUCAGGAAAGCACGCUGUCCCAGCAGGUGGGGAACAGGCUCCAAACACAGACACUGAGGAGAGAACCCUCUCAUCUUCUCAAUCUGUUGUCACCAGUACAGACAUGAUUAAGGACAUCCAUGAAUUCCUCAGUGACUUCUACAGAAUAUAUGGAAGUUUUAUCCCACUGCAAAGGAGCGACGUGUUGACACAUUUAAAGUUGAAGUAUAACGAAGAUUUUAGUGACAGGAAGAAUGACAUCAUCUCCGAAGUGACCACAUAUCAAAAUGUGAUCGUUCAGGAGCCUCUUCCCUUCUUCCAAGUGGUCUACAAGAAACACACACUGACACUAGAGGAUUUGUUGACACUGGCAGAUCAGAACUGGCUCAAUGACCAGGUCAUAAACUUGUACGGAGAGUUGAUAAUGGCAUCCGCCCAUCAGGAGGUCCAUUUCCUCAACAGCUUCUUCCACCGGCAGCUCAUGACUAAAGGGUAUGAUGGUGUAAAGAGGUGGACAAAACAGGUGGAUUUGUUUUCUAAAAGUUUGCUCCUGGUGCCCAUCCACCUGGAGGUUCACUGGUGUCUGGUCACUGCUGACAUCGUCAACAAGAGGAUCUGCCUCUAUGAUUCUCAAGGGAACGCACUGCAGAAGGUUGCAAGGAACAUCCUGAAAUACUUGAUUACUAUGGCAAAGGAGAAGCGACAAACGGCCUUUGAAGACGGCUGGACUGUGUCAUAUACUGAGAAAAGCCCUCAACAGACCAAUGAAAACGACUGUGGAGUGUUUGUCUUGGAGUAUUGUAGAUGCCUCGCUCUCGCCAAACCUCUGCAUUUCUCACAGAGCAACAUACCAAAGAUACGUAAGAGGAUCUACAAAGAGCUUUGUGACCGUAGGCUCCAUGAAGAAGGCUGAUGAGUGUAGACGUGCUUGUGAUCCAGUUAUUAAGCCAGUUGGUCCAUACACUGAGCCUUACAGCACUGUGAAUGCAUAUGGCCGACCCCAGUAGGACCGGGUCAGUCCUGUACGACGCAGACUUCUAAACCACUGUAUUUAUACGAGCUGUAUUUAACCAGGCAUGUUAUUUAAGAAAGUGUUUUUUGAGUUUACAGAUAGAUGAUGUACCAGCAGAGCCUUACUGACUCAAAUGCCUGUUGAAAUGGAUCUUAGCUCGCCUUAGCUGCCGCUUCCCAGUCGUCCCAGCGCCACUCACUGCUGAUUACCUGAAUCACUGUAUUCAGCGAGUCACCAACAAGUGCAGGGAUGGUUGGAAAAACGAGGACCAGGGUUCGACCAGCCCGAUCUACUGCAUCAUAGUCCAUCUCUGUGUAGGUGUUGCAUAUAAUUGGUUAAAAUGAUUUAUACACCUUAUUUGCACAUUUUUGUUGUCUUACUUUGGAUUCUCAACUUGUGGUUUGACCUGCAGUACGUUAGCAUCAUAGUUUAGCAUUUAUUCUCUGUUUCAUCAAAGUUGAAGUAGAGUCGAUGUUUAAAACUGUUUUUGUUUGUUGGCUACUGGAAAAUGUAAAUAAGGUUCUAAAUAAAAACAUUUCACAAGGUU